AUGCCUCACAUGUUCAGUGCUAUGCCGAACUCGGCAUCCACUGGAGCACCAGCACAAAGUUCCAAUGCCCGCGAGCAGGCAGGUCGCCCAAGCGAUGUUGCGCCGGUCUUUGACCACGACCAGAACAGUCAUGGCAAAACUAUUGCCAUACUAUUUUAUGUAUUCUCUUGCGAUCAGUUCAUUGUCAUUUCAGAAUCCCUUAGCCAACGUGACUUCAAUAUUACCCCAUAUCCAUGGUGGGAAGAACAACAGUGUAUUCCCGAUACAGGUAGCUUUAUUUCCGACAUCGAAGAAUCAGUUAAGGACCAGCUUGAGAGUGAUGGAUGGUUGCUGGAGCGAGGCGAACAUGAUUCCUUGCUAGACCCGUUUUCUCAUGAGCUUGAUGCUGUUAUCGUCGCGCAGCGAUAUAUUCCAGCUGUGGAAGACUGGCUUCAGCGAGAAGUGAAAGAUCCGGAUUACGUGAGCCCAGUUGACGGAGAUAUAGACCCAUAG